AUGGAAUUGCAGCUACCAAGAGAGAUGUAUGCGAAGGGCAAAGUUCAAUUCACGCUUUGGCCAGUCAGCUCGACCAGGAGGGGUUUUGGAGUCGGAUCCACCCGCCAAGACGGCCGAGUGACCGCAGUCCUGUUCGCUCAUCCAGAGUCCUUGACGUAUCUCCAGGCAUACCCAGAUGUCUUGUUGCUAGAUUGCACGUACAAGACGAACAAACACGGCAUGCCGCUCCUCGACAUGAUAGGAGUAGAUGCUUGUCAGCGAUCAUUUUGCAUAGCAUUUGCAUUCCUUGGUGGGGAGACCGAAGCUGACUUCGUGUGGGCGUUGGAUCGCCUGAGGUCACUGUACGAACACCAUAGCGCCCGCUUACCCUCUGUCGUCCUAACAGACCGCUGCAUCGCCUGUAUGAACGCCGUUGCCAUUUCCUUUCCCACUUCUUGCUCACUACUCUGUCUGUGGCAUGCCAACAAGGCCGUCCUCCGCUAUUGCCGGCCAGCCUUCGUCCGCCAGGACCAACCGGAGUCCACAAACGCAGAGACAAUUGAUACGUCAGAGAGCAACGGCUGGUCUGAGUUCUACCAAUUCUGGCACUCGAUCAUGGCUGCACCAAACGAAGAAGCAUUCAAGGACCGAGCUACGCAAUUCGAGAAGAAGUACCUACCCAACCACCUCAAACAAGUUGGAUACAUCAAAACUUUCUGGCUUGAAGGGUAUAAGGAAAAGCUUGUUAAGGCUUGGGUUGAUCAACAUGCUCAUUUUGGAAAUACAGUCACGUCGCGCGUGGAGGGCAUACAUGCAUUGUUGAAGGCCCAUCUCAAAAAGUCCACGCUAAAUCUUUUCGAGGCUUGGAGGGCGAUGAAGCACGCGUUACUCAAUCAACUGUCAGACUUGAGAUCGAAUCAAGCCCGACAGCAGAUUCGGGUCCCAAUUGAGCUCUCUGGGCCCUUAUACGCUUCAGUGCGCGGUUGGGUCUCCCAUGAAGCGCUGAGAAAGGUGGAGGAGCAGCGGAAGAUGCUUGCGGGAUGGAACUCCCGGCCGCUGCUAGAGCCGCGCCAGCGAAUCGAGUCGACCUUAGCAAGUUCGGCUAUUCCCAAGCAGAGCACUCGGAGAGAACCCAGUGCAUUUGAGAGUAUCGAGGAGGCUCGUAAAGCGCCACCCACAUGCAGCAGGUGCCAUACGGUUGGUCAUAGGAUGACCGCGAAAGCCUGCCCGCUGCGCUUUGGAGAGCUGCUUCAAGAGACUACGUCGUCGAUGCAUUCACGAUCGGUGUCACCAUCGGAGAUCGUACCGUCAUCCCAGUACGUGCAAGCCGCUUUGGACGCACAGGAGCCAGAGCUUGCAACUGAGCCGCCAACUGAUGCGUCCCUGGCGACGGAUUUGGGGAGUGUCGCAGGAACCCUUACAAUUCUGCCCACUACAGCUCCAGACCAUCCUCCUGCCCAGUCGGAUUCCGGGCCCGUACCGGGUCCGCCCCGCGAUGCCACUGAGCUGCUGGUAUCGCCACCACCUAUCUCACCUGACUUGCCAGCCCCACCGCCGCCGAAAUAUGAUUCACCAGAAGCUAUACACAAAAGUUAUACCGCUGCAAGAAGCGCAUGGUAUGCAGCGCAGCCGGCCGGCAGCAUCAAGACAAACCAACAAUACCGCAAGGCAAUGAGGCUUCCAGCUAGGCAUUGCGCCACUACAACGGGGUUGAGAGCAUGGACGAAAGAAGAAAUGAUGGCAUACCUUGACUGGAGCCAUGCAGAAGAUCAGCGUGUUGAAGCCCAGAUCAUGAAGGAGAUGGGAGACAAUCCGUUAGCCAACACACGGAGGGGCGUGGCCGACAUUUGGCGACAGGUAGAAAAGGACAGCCGAGAGCAGGAAACGCUGUAUUCUGCACAUGUUGAGGCAGAUGAUUGUAUUUUCGUCGAGCCGUAG